AUGGUGUAUCACGUGGUUUAUUCGUCCAAGUGUAUUGUAUCACACUCGACAAUUUCAACCAUUUGGAAAGAAAGGGACAAAAUUCAAAUACUUUAUGACAAGAAUUUUUUGAAAAUGAAACGAGCCAGAACAACGCGGCAUACGAAGAUUGAGGAAGCUUUGUUAAAGUGGUUUAAAUAUCAAAGGACAAAUAAUGUCCCAAUAAAUGGACCAAUUCUUCAACAAAAAGCAAACGAUUUUGCUCAACGUCUUGGUGAAGAUUUUGUUUGCUCGUCUAGUUGGAUUCAACGUUUCCGGGCUCGACAUGGCAUUGUCGGCGGGAAAGUGAGUGGUGAUAAAGGUGCUGUAAACGAAUGGAUGGCGCAAAAGUGGCCUACAUUAUGCGAAGGCUACAGUCCAGAAGACAUUUAUAAUACGAGACUAACGAUCAUGGUUGCAGCAAAUAUGACAGGAUCCUGUAAAAGGAAGCUUUUAGUUAUUGGGAAAUCUAAGAAACCAAGAUGCUUUAAAAACACACGCUCACUGCCGGUAAGUACUGUAAACAAGUUAAGUCAAGUACGAAACUGGGACGCUGAAUUAAAAGCAAACAAUAAAAAAGUUCUUCUUUUAGUUGAUAAUUGUCCUGCUCAUCCGGCUGUUACUAAUCUGAAGUGCAUUAAACUCGUGUUCUUACCACCAAAUGUUACAUCUGUACUGCAACUUAUGAACCAAGGUGUAAUAAGAUGUUUAAAAUCUCAUUAUAGAAGACUGCAAGUGUUAAAGUUAAUACAAAGCAUUGACAGUAAUAAUUAA